GGAAAGAGAGCUUCUACCUAGUCCCUCGUGGAGCAUCUUGGACGUGGACGCGCACGGUCCAAACUACUAGCGCGCUUCAAUCCCAAGACCGAAAAGUUAACGAACGCGACAGCAUCAACCACCAACACGCUAAUCCCGCAACCAUGCUCUGCGCAAUCUCUGGCGAAGCUCCCCGCGAACCCGUUGCCUCGCGCAAAUCGGGCAACGUCUUCGAAAAGCGCCUCAUCGAAGCCCACAUCUCAGAACACCACACCGACCCCGUUACUGGCGAGGAUCUCGCGACGGAGGACCUCAUCGAGCUCAAGUCGCCCAAUGUCGUCACUCCGCGCGCGCCCAACUUCACCUCGAUACCGGCCAUGCUCAGCGCCUUCCAGAACGAGUGGGAUGCGCUGGUUCUGGAGACGCAUACGCUCAAGCAGCACUUGGCGCAAACGAGGCAGGAGCUGAGUACUGCGCUGUACCAGAACGAUGCGGCGACGAGGGUCAUCGCGCGGAUAUCCAAGGAGAGAGACGAGGCGCGCGAGGCAUUGUCCAACGUCACCAUCAGUGGAGGCGGCCAGGGCGAUGCCAUGCAGGUGGACGGCCAGGGCCUGCCUCAGCAGCUUGUAGCUCUUGUGGAAGAGACACAGCAAGAACUCUUCGGCACCCGACGAAAGCGACCUGCGCCGGCAGACUGGACCUCUGGGGACGCCAUUUCCAACUACGACGUUGCCAAGACGACCGAAUCUCUAUACCCAGGCAGCACCAAGAUUGCGGUCAACGAGGCACAGAAUGUGCUGUUCGGUGGAGCGGAUGGCACCACGGGCGUCUACUCACUGACCCAGGGCAAGGUCCUGGAGACAUUCAAUGCAGGCAGCGCAGUCACAUCGGUGGCAUGGUGGGGAGAGCGCGCGCUUGUUGGAACAUCGGCAGGCACAGUCAAGGUGUUCUCCAACGGGGAUGACGUUGCGCAAAUAGCUUCUCACGCCGGAGCUGUCACGUCCAUGUCCGUACAUCCCAGCGGCAAGAUGCUCGCAACCGCCGGCGCCGACAAGCGAUACGCCAUCCACGAACUUACAACCUUCAAGACGGUCUCGCAAGUCUACGUCGAAGCCGAGAUCACAUGCGUCUCGUUCCACGUAGACGGCAUGCUUUUCUUCAUCGGAAGCUCCGACGGCAACAUCCGCAUCUACGACAUCAAGACUGGCACACAAAUGGCCGAACUCGCAACUUCGGCUCCCGUCGUCGAUCUCAAGUUUUCUGAAAACGGAACUUGGUUCGCCGUCGUACAGGAAAACUCGUCCAGUGUCGCGAUUUGGGACAUCAGGAAGCAGGCUGCCAUCCACACGCUUGAAUCUGGCAGCCCGGUUAAUAGCGUUAGCUGGGAUUACACCGGCCAGUUCUUGGCAAUUGGUGGAACUGGCAGUGUUUCGGUGCAGCAGUACACCAAGGCGACGAAGAGCUGGGCUGAGCUCGUCAGGAAGGCGGCGCCGGCAAAGGAUGUCGCUUGGGGUGGCAGGGCCGAGAAUGUUGUGGCGCUGACUACCGAGGGUGGUUUGGCAGUGCUGACAGCGCCUUAGCCAGAGAAUCGGUCUGAAGGUAUACUCCAUCACUUUUAAUAGUCUUCCGUUAGCGGGAACUUGAUCGACUACCUCGAGGGUAUUCCAUGAUGUGUGGGGCAAUCUAGAAGCUAUGCGCAUGCAUUUGAGGACGUUGCUAGUGCAUGAAGGGCGAUAUGGCGUAAAUUGGUUUGUAGCAUUACUGUAGACGACGGGAAAAUCGGGUCGUCUCC